AGGAGAUCUGUGUCCAAAUCGGCUGUUCAGAUGCGGUUCGCUGUGUAUGGAUCAGGUAGGGAGCCAAACCACAAUCAUUUCUUUCAUGACUUUUCAUCCAGACGUGUGGUCUCCCAGGAGGCGUGGGAGGGUAUUUCGGUGCCUGCCUGUGGCGGGCGGGGCAUGAAGUGUUGUUCAUCGCCCGUCCUGGCAACCAUCUCAACGCGAUGAAGGAGAAGGGCCUCACUAUCACAGGCACCAAGGGCAAGAUCACGGUGCCUGCGGAGCAACUGAAUGCCACAGACGACCCGGCGUCCGUCGGCAAAGUGGAUGUGGUCUUGGUCGGUGUGAAAGCAUUCCAGGUACAUGGCGUGGCAUUCGUGACACCCGAACGACAACACAGACACCUGGGCCUCUGUGUGUGUCUGUGUGUGUGUCUGUGUGUGUGUCUGUGUGUGCAGGCUCGUGAGAUAGCUCCCCACGUGAAGGGCAUGCUGAAGCCCGACACCGUUGUGGUGCCGCUGUGCAACGGGAUAGAGGUCACACACACACACACACACACGAACUCAUGCUGGGCCGCUUCAUGCGUUCGUGGAUGUCACAAGUAUGUGUGCGUGCAGGCCCAGAUCGUCCUGGCAAGCUUCCUGGGUUGGGAUGUCGUCACGGGCGGCCUGUGCAAGAUAUUUGCCUACAUCACGGAGCCGGGCGUCAUCACAUGUGAGAGCCUGUCCAUCACGCCAAUCAUCGAGUUCGGCCCCAUGACGAAGAUGGGUCACUACGCCGACCUCUUCGCUGUCACGCCGACAGACAAGGGAAACGGCACCGUCACCAAUGGCGCCAACUGUGUGGCCGAUGGCGACGCGGGCAACAAGUGAGGGAGAUGACAAUACGUGUUCCUUCAUGUGACGACACGAGUUGGUUUGUGUGUGCAGGUUAUUGUCUGGUCGGCUGCAGGAGGUCGCCGACGUGAUGAAUGCGUGUGAGGGGAUGGAGGCUAUCAUCCCGGAGGACAUCGAAAUGGCAAUGUGGAGGAAGUUCCUGGGUGAGAAUGAGAGUUGCUGUGAAUGGAUGGUACAGACGGUCGGCCUGCACUGCGGUGUGGUGUGGUGUGGUGUGUGCCAUCAUCAUCAGGUAUGGGCGCCUUCGGUCCGUCUAUGGCGUGUUUCCGUGCACCUCUGCCUGCUGCUGCUUCCAUACCAGAGUGCGUCAAAGUCAUCAAAGCCGCACUCAAUGAGGUCACUAGUCAGCCAAACGGUCAUACAGACACACGGAUACAUGCGAUGAGAUGUGUGUGUGUCUGUGUGUCUGUGUGUGUCAGAUCGUCGCUGUGGCCAAGGCCUAUGGAGUGCAGCUGGGUGAAUCGGAGGCCGAAACGAUGGCAGAGAGAGGUACAUCCACGCACAAACAGACAUACAGACAUACAGACAGAAAGGAACACACACGCGCUUCCCGUGCCUUACACGAGUGAGUCAUUCUCCCUUCCUCCGUGCAGCCAAGACCUUCCCCAAAAACAGCACGCCGUCGACGCUGCGGUACACACCCACUCGUGUGCACACUUCAAGCCGGCAAACCUGCAUCUUACUUACAGGGACGUGGUCGACGGCCGUCCAAGUGAGCUGGAGGAGCUGAGCGGCGCGGUGAUCCGUCUGGGCGGCAAGGUGGGUGUGCCCACCCCCACCCACCAGAUCCUGCGUGCGAUUCUGCUGCCGCAAGAGCUCAAGGCCCGGGGGAAGAUCGAAUACACACUGCCGCAGACCACACGAUGAAUGAAUGAGGC